CAGUCACUAUUAGAGAUAGACCAUAACAAUGAACGCAUGGUAAUACCAACAAAUUCCUGGCAAUUCGUGAAAAAUAGUUUGCAAUGGAAACAAAUUUUUCAUUUUCUACAAUCUUUUACAGCAACGAGUUUGAAAAUUUCUUUGUGAAACGAAAUGAAUCGGAUGUCACAGUAUGUGAUAAUGUACAGUGGCCAGAAAGUUGGCAGAAUAUUUACCAACUGUUUACUUUCAUUGGGAUCGUUUUAGUUGUCUUAAGCUGUGUUGGAAAUAUUGUAGCAAUUGUGUUCAUCAGGAAAAACCCCGCACUCCAUUCCCCAACGUAUACCGGAAUUGCGUGCCUAGCGUUCUGCGACAUAAUCGCCGCAAUUUUUCGCUUUCUUAAGUUUCGUUCUCAUUCUAUCUACGUUGUGAUUGAUGUUUGCAAUGACUUAGAACUAUCUGUCUUUGAGGAUUCGCUCUCAAUUUUAUCAUUUCUGACACUGAAUUCAUCAUAUUUUCAUCUUACAAUGAUAUCCGCGGUACGAUAUAGACUGAUUUCCCGCCCUUUUAAGACUUACAUAGGUCUAAGCUGUAGAACUGUAUUGCAGUAUUCAGCUGUCUGCUGGGUUCUCUCGCUGCUCGCAAGUUUUGGAUAUGGCGCCAAAGUAUUAACCAUAAGCCACGCGGAGGAACACAUAUCUGACGUCAUAGAAAUCGCAUUCGUUAUAUAUCUAUUUUCAAUUACCAUUAUUCCGUUACUGACGAUUCACAUUUUGAAAAUUCGAAAGCUUCGAAAAUCACUUGUAGUCAACAAAAGACAUGAAGUGCGCAUGCACACAAUGAUGGCAGUGAUCUCAAUAAGUACAGUGGCUUGUAUCGUCCCCAUUGCCGGGCUGCAGGUAAACAAAUCCAUCAAGGACGCGCGCCACGCCUUCAGCAGACGAGAGUUAUUUGUCCAGGGCCAGCUGUCCCAGGUUUUUCUGGCGCUGAACCACGCUCUGCAUCCUCUUCUCUUCUUCCUUCUGUCCGAACUGACCAAGAAAAAAUUCAAACCUUUCUCUCAGAAUGACGUCAUCAACAAGUGUUUGGUCCUAAGCGAGGAAUCUUUAAGAAGAAAAAUACAUGUUGCAGAUCAAAAAAAUUCUAAACCCUCUUGAGUUCUCAGAAAUACCAACAUUUGGUUGGCAACGAAAAUUACAUGCAAAUGCAAGAUGUUUGACCAAUAACGUUAU